AACUGCGCAGCCGAACUUCCAGCUUCCUCUUUAGUGAGCGAUUGGCCGCUGAAGACUAGCGUAAUUUACGUAGACAAACAUGGCGGGGUAGCAACAUAGACGUCCCGUUGCCAUGUGAAAUUUGUGCGAAAUGGCAACCCGUGAAACCCUCCAUGAGAAUGUGGGAAACAAGGAGAAGUGUCCAAAACCCUCCAAGAAGUGCAAACAGACAUACUGUCUUUUGUGUCGCAAGUAUCAUCUCAAGAGUGAAGCGCAUGAGCAUAUGCAUGGCAUGCUGCAUCACAGAGAGCUGGAGAGAGUGUUAGGCAAGGAUAUCGAUCAUCAUUGCCAGGCAUGUAGUACACGCUGCAUGGGUUUAAAUGGGUACGCUAAGCACAUCUCAACUGCUCAGCACAAAGCCCAGUUGACAAUGUUGGUGUCCAAAAAUAUAAAGCCUGUCAGUCUGUUAAAGACUCUGGAUCACGACGCCAUCAACAGAAUCCAGGAGAGAAACAAAACACUAAGGAAUCAGGAAAAGAAAGCAAGAAAAAAGAAAAAGAAAAAAGAGAAGCAGACAGAGGGUCAGAAGCAGGCAGAAACGCAACAGAAAAAAAGCGUUGCACCAUCCAAAAAAGUGAAGCUGAAAAAAUCCCAGCAGGUGAAGUUGAGGAUCUGGAGACGGGUGCAGGAACCUCAACAGGAAGGAAGCAAUUUUGCUGUUUUCCAAAACAAGGAGAACAGUCUGCGAAGAUCUCUCCACUGUGCAGACUCAACUCUGCAGAAUCAAAGCAGGAGAUUCGUUUACUGGCCAGAACCGCCAGCAGGUGGAACUUGGCAUCACCCUCACGUUCAAGGUCAGUUCACCCAAUCAUCUCAACACCUGAGCUAUGACAGCAACUUCUCUGUCAGCAGGCAGUUCAGCAGAGCCUCAGUUGGUAGCUCCCAAACAGACGGACAUCUUACAAAACCACACGAGUCUCAGUGGGAUGUCACUGAAAUGACAGAACCAAUGUCUGCCGUCAGCAAGUCCAGCUAUCACAAUCCUGCUACGUAUGGAGACUUCACCAGUGAUUGCCUCCCUCAGAGUGGAGCCAUCAUCUUUGAUCAUGGUGAGGGUGAGAGUUCAGGAUCUUCUCAGCCACGACAAGAAGGUUCAGCUCAACCUGCUUCAGCCAAAAAAUCUGACAACGCAGCUCCGAUAGAGGAUGUAGACGUCGGUGCCAUGCUGAAGCACAUCAGAAGAGUGCUCGGUGUGAGGGAGCCAUGUAGAGCAGACCGAGAAGCCAGGAGGCAGAACGCCACACAGCAAGCUGGGACUGAGGUGGAGCAGCGAGCAGGCGUUUCCCUCAGGAACCAUGCCACUUCUGCUCCAUCUAGAACUGUGCCAUCUCCUCAGGUCAACACCCCUGCUUCUGCUGCCUCUGCUGCUGUUUGUUCUUCCACUGUACCAAAGCCAAAUCCGGGAGCACUCAGUAAGACACAAGAAGCACCUCAGUAUUGUGAGAUGAGCUCUGUAGCAGCGAAUGGACAAUCAGGCAGCAGGGAAGGAGAGUCUCAGGUGGCUGCCGACAGCUGGGCUUCUCUCAAACAACCUACAGUCGAAGCUACAUCCUUUGAGCCCAAAUGUAACAACACCACUAAGGUCCGAAUUGCCCACAAAGCGGCCGAAAAUCAGGGGGUCAGAGAGGCCAGACUGAAACCAACCCUGAACAAGUUGCUCAGCUUAUCAGGAGCCAGAAGUAAGUUGAGCUGGAGCCAGAUCUGUGACAACAUGAAGAAGAAGCAGCUAAAAGGGCUGCCCAGGUUUGGAAUCGAGUUUGUAAACCGCCCAACUAUCCAAGAAAGCUCCACACAACCGAAGGACAUUGACCUGCCUCUGUCCGAAGGUUUCCAUUGGGAGUCGAUUCCAGGCAGUCCUUCACUUCUACGCAUGACUUUACCACCUCCACCACCACAACAGACAACGGCAGCCGACUGUCGCACAGAGACACCGCCAGAUACUCAGACGCAGAAAACUUUGGAGCAACCAGAUGCAGCUCAGACAAGCUGCAGGAGUCAAAUGGUAGCAGGAUUCUCUGUGAAGGUGGAACCACAUUUGAAGAAUGACAAUGGAGAUUCGACCGACAACAGUGUUACGAGCAAGAGGAAAGACAAAAUGCUGACAGAUGAUGGCAUUUCUGACCUGGAGCCAAGAAGAAAAAAGAAGACAAUGAACUCCAACAAGGACCACAGUUCAAUGGACCAGCUCUUGGUGGUUUCGCUGAGGGAGGAGGAGUUGAGCCACUCGUUGCAAGAUUUGGACCAGUCUCUGUUCCAGGCCCGCAAUGCCCUGCAAGCUGCCUACGCAGAAGUCCAAAGACUGAUGUUACUAAGACAGCAGUUCACUGCGGAGGUCAAUGGUCUGAGAGCCAAGCGCAUUGAGAUCCUGCAGGAAAUGCAAGAAGGGUACACUGGAGCAUCUAAUCUGGCAGAGAAACCCUCCACCUCUUCAGCACUGGUUGCUACUACUGUGCAGCCACCUUCUCUUUCUACCUCUGGUGCCUUCCCCACCUCCUCAAGCCAACAAACACCUGCUACAACCUCAGCAUCGUCUACCCCUCAACCUCAGCCAACUCCCCCCACUCUGUCAGCAAAGCAAGAAAUCUGCCAGCUGCCCACAGCUGGACAGACCAGCUAUUUUGCCAACACAGUGUCCUGUAACACUGAUGCCCCUCAGGUCUCUAUGAAGCAACCUGUGCCUUUAUUUCCCCCUAAUCUCCUCCCCUCUCUGCUGCUCCAACCACCACACCUAACCACUCCUGCAACCACUGCUGCUUCUGCUAAGCAACCCACAGCAGAGAGCUCCGCAUCAGUGAAUCCGCCUCCUCCUGAAUCAUCUGCCAGGCAGCAGGAGCAAGAGAAACAGAAGGGGAUGAAGGACUGUGUGAAGACAGCAGCAGAUCCAGCAGAAAGUGUUUGUGAUGAAGUGGCAGCAGGAAAUCACAGCAAAGGACAAGUUAAAUUAAGAGAGCCAGCAACUGACAAGUCUGUCCGCGAAAGACAUGAAAGUGCUGCUGUAGCAAAUGAUGAAGGGAAUCAAAGCGAUGAUUCUGUGGAAGUGAUUGACUCCUCCAACUCAGUGGUCAUAUACAUUGAGUCUGACCAUGAGGAAUCACCAGAGACAGAUUCUAAUGUUCCAGUGCAGCCAGAGCGUCCACAGAGCACUGAAAGCACACGGACUCUUCAGCAAAUUGACACUGACAGAAAGAUUCAGCCUUUUUCUAUGACAGCAAACGAAGCAACGAGUCCUGCAGAGCCUGCUGAGGAUCAGGAACCAUCCGAGGGAGCAUUUGAAGGUCACACCGGCCCCGUUCUCGGCUUGCAAGUUCACGAUGGCUUAUUGUACACAUGCUCAGGGGAUAACACAGCGCGGGCCUACAGUCUGGUGAACAGAGAAUGCCAAGCAGUGUUCGAGGGUCACACCAAUAAAAUCAACUGUCUGCUGGUGUCGUCCCUCCCGAACAUGCCGACACGCCUCUACACCGGUUCCAGCGACCAAACUGUGCGCUGUUACAACACAAAGUCUAAGAAGUGUCUGGAGCAGAUCUCCCUACCAGACAGAGUGUUGUGUUUGCACAUAGCCUGGCAUAUUCUGUAUGUUGGGCUCGCCAGUGGAUCAGUCGCUAGCUUCGAUUUAAAGACCCUGAAGCAGCUGGAUGUGUUCGAGUGCCACGGCCCACGAGGGGUGAGUUGUCUGGGUACAGCUCAGGAGGGCGCCCGCCGGCUUCUGCUGGUCGGAUCGUAUGACAGCACCAUCAGCGUACGAGAUGCUAAGAGUGGCCUGCUGCUGCGCUCGCUGGAGGGUCACAGCAAGACUGUACUCUGCCUGAAGGUGGUGAAUGACCUGGUGUUCAGCGGCUCCAGUGACACAUCUGUCCACGCCCACAACAUCCAUACGGGCGACUUGAUUCGCAUCUACAAGGGUCACGGUCAUGCCGUCACAGCGAUUGUUAUCCUGGGGAAAGUGAUGGUAACAGCCUGUCUGGAUGAACUGGUUCGAGUCUAUGAGCUGCAGUCCCAUGACCGGCUGCAGGUCUACGGGGGUCACAGUGGCAUGGUGAUGUGUAUGGCUGUACAUAAGAGCGUGAUCUACACAGGUUGUUACGAUGGCAGCGUUCAAGCUGUAAAGCUCAACUUGAUGCAAAACUACCGCUGCUGGUGGCAGAAUUGUUCUCUGAUCUUCGGCAUGUCGGACCAUCUUGUUCAGCACCUAGUUAGAGAUCACAGCAACCCGAACAUGCAGAUGCUCAAAUGUCGCUGGAGAGGCUGCGACUCUUUUUUUGCCACACGGCAAUCAGUUAAAGAGGAGCUGCCUGAACACAUGCAGGGCCACGUGGAGAACGACAGCAAGGUGCAGCCUUGAAGAGAAGUGGAGGUAACGCCAUGCAGCAGCCGAGGAUGGAGAUUCAUCCAUCGUGAAGCACAAGCUCAUGUCCUUGUUUAUUAGUUGUUUCAUGUGUGGUUGUAUAGACACACAAGCUCUACUAAUGUUCAAGAGCAGAUUCAGAGUGUGGCUGAUCACAUCCUUGUGGUCUUAUGCAAACUACAUGAGCUCUUGUUCUCUGAACUGUGACUCAGACAGAAAAGUCAAUCUACUGUUUGUCAGGUGUUUUUCAGCUUUUGUUCUUGAUCAGUUCUCUGCAGCCAUCUGUUUUGAGUAAUUAUUUGAUGAGUACAAUGAUUUCAGUGUAUUUCCUGCACUGAAGAAUUUCUGGCGUCCUUGAGAGAAGUUCCAGCCGGAACCAAAGUAAAAUCACCAGAGCCAAAAUGAUAAGAAUUAAAAGUAUCCAUGAUUUGUCAUUUGGGCUUUCAUUUACUCAAGCAUAAUAGACAUUUUUGUUUAUCAAACCGUCGGAAAUAACAGGAAAAAUGCAUAGAUUCCUGUCAAAUAUGCUAACGCAGACUCAAAUCCUGAGUUUAUUUCUUUAUUUUUUUGCAUUCAUUGGUCGACACUUUUUUUUAUCACUGUGAAUCCGUCACACAAGGCUUCUGACAGCACGUCAUGAGUGUCAUUAGUUCUGAUGUGAAGCUAAUUAUAAAGAACAUUUCAGCAAAGAUGGCAUAAACACGUCGGAGCAGCUUGUGUGAAGCAGCUGAUAGUGUGAACUAAUACAGUACAAGUUGCAGAUAUUUCUCUUAAAUGCAUACAGUCAUCAAAUGUCCAUGUUUGUCUUAGUAAAUUCUCCAUCUGUACAGUUUAGUUACUUUGUGCCUACAUUACCCACAUUACAACACAACCACCAACAGUUCAGUCACUGAUUCUUGUCUAUUUUGUAGAAUCCUCAAGUUCCCUACUGAAUAUAUUCCAGAUUUCAUGUUUUUCAUCACACACUGACCUGUUUUUUUUUCUUCUUCUCUCUACAUUAUGGAGAUAAUAAACUGUACUUACCUCCAGA